AUGGCACCCCUUGACGACACGACGGAAGCCAACCGAUUCGAGAGUUUCGACGUAUUCCGGACUUCAUAUAAGAAGAUUGGCGAACAUGAAAUCGAAGUUGGUAUCAUCGUGCCGAAAGACCUGAAGCCCGGAAAGUCUCCAGUUAUGGUCAAGUUCCACGGCGGUGGACUGAUUACAGGAGACUGUCUCUUUCCCGACUGGUUCAGCGCAUAUUUCGUCCCCUUCAUCCACCGCAACAACGCAAUCGUGGUAGCUCCCAACUAUCGCUUUAUUCCUGAACACAGUGGCGCAGACAUCCUUGAAGAUCUAAGUGACUUCUGGGCCUGGUUCAACAAAGGUUCAGUCAACGACUUCCUUGCCUCUCACAGGAAAGGAGGCGGUAUCAAGCUAGACUACGAGAAAACCCUGGUCUCAGGCGAGUCGGCGGGUGGUUACAUGGCCUUGAUGUCAGGUCUUACUCAGCCUCGCGGCAGCAUCAAAGCUAUCCUGGCAGAAUUCCCCAUGACGAACUAUCUGCGUAUCGAGAAAAGUGACAUGUAUUUCGACGCACCUUCGCCUCCAGAAUCCGAGCUGACUGAGCAUAUUUCCACCAUCAAGCCAGGUGUUGUCAUUUCUUCAGGAUGGCCACCAGCGAGAUUGUCAUUGAACUACCUUCUAGCGGCAUACGGACACUACCUCACUUAUUUUGGAAAAGAUGAGAAGAUGUGGCCGAUCGGGCUUAUUGAGGAUAAGAAAUGGUUGCCGCCGACGUGGAUUGUCCAUGGCGAUGUAGACUCAGCGGUUAGUGUAGAGGAUAGUAAGAAGUUUGUGGAGAAGUGCAAAGCGCUAGGAGAUGAUAUUGAGGUCCAGUUGGAGAUUAGGCCAGAACAAGAACAUGGCUUCACUAUCUCAAUCAAGGAGGACGAGGAGCCGUGGCUCAAGGAAGGGUUGGCAUGGGAAAAAACUACGGAUCCCUUACUCCAAAGACGAAAAGAAAGCUUAACAUCAGAACCACCCGUGAAAGAUACGUACGCAGCAUCGGCAAUGAAAUACCCACGUAUAUACCCAAGCCCAUCAACUCCGAUCGAUCCACCGUCUUACUCAAAUUCCGACAAUCCAAAUCCAAAUCCAAAUCCAGAUACUCUCAACAUGGCUACCAAUGCCAGCAGUCGCCCUUCCUCGCGAGACUCUCCUGUGCCGCAAGGAGCUCAAAGAGACCAAGAAGGUCACUACGUUGGAUCCUCAAGCGCAGCUUCCUUCCUUAUUCGUAUUCAGAAGCGUUUGCAUCAGAAUUCUUCCCUCUCACAUGACUCUACUAUCUUCACUUUCGGAGACGCUCCGCUCCCAGAGUUUGAUCUUUCCAUAUUCGUUCCACCACCGAAGCCUGAUGCGCAGAGGCUCGUAGAACGAUAUUUCGAAUACGCGGCACCCACUCAUCGCUUCCUACAUCGACCGACGAUCGAACAGCUUGUAGAGGAGUUUUAUGAGACCCAAGGUGAGAUGAGGAGUAAAGAAGACGGCAAAGCGAAGGCAGCGUUGUUGAUGGUGGUAUUCGCGCAAGCACAGGCAUAUAUGCCGCCUGGCAGUUCAGUGCAAACUAGCAGUGCUCGAUUUUUCCGCGCGGCUGAAAAUCUGCUCUCUGGAGAACGUGGCGCUGUAAGACUAGCGAGUGUCCAGGCACGAUUGUUACAGUGCUUCUACCUUCUGACACAGUCCCGCAUCAACCACUGUUGGAGCCUCUUUGGCACGCUGUCACAUCUCGCCCUUGCCAUAGGGUUGAAUCGUGGUAGAAAAUGCGAUCCCUCAACUAAGGUGGACUAUGUGGAAAUUGAGAGUCGAAGACGCUUGUUCUGGGUUGCAUACUCACUUGAUAAGUACCUUGCUGCUGCUCUUGGUCGGCCACGAACCUUCAAAGACGAGGAUAUCGAUCAGGAGCUUCCAACGAUUGUCAAUGACAAUGACCUCCACCCGAAUUAUAUCAAUCUUCCAACGCGAUCUACUUAUUCGUUGAUGACAGCCCCAGUUGAGCACAUUAAACUUACACGCAUCGUCUCUCUAGUGCUACGAGACCUGUAUUCGAUUCGUCCACCCAGCCUGGCCUUGCGCGUUGAGCUAUCGGCGAAGUACACUUCGGAGUUGCACGCGUGGCACAACUCGCUGGCCGGAUUCCUCUCUGGCUCCGCCUCAAAUGCACAUAUCGACAACCAGCUGCUCAUACCAGUCUACCAACGUCAGCGUUCCGUUCUCAACCUGGCGUACCACCAUGCGCUUUUACUUAUUCACCGACCUUUCUUACUGAGGGAUUUCGCGAGUUUGACGCAUAUGCCAACCCAUCCAAACUGGAGUGCCACAAACUACGACGCAUCGGCCAACAUCACUGCCUGUCUCGAAGCUGCCAUGUCCCUUACGCCUACGCGCGACAACCCCAGCUUCCACGAUAACCCGAUUCUUCCACUACCCUUGUCGGCACCAACUCCAGAUGCUGUACCACCGUCGUCAAAUCUGUCAAACCUGCUCUACAACACUACUGGCAAUAACAAUAUCCCACCGACACCAAACAGUGCAGAAGCAUUUGGUACGACUAACCCAACCUUCACAUUUGAUCUACUCGAUUGGACGGAUUUUGCUAGUUGGGGACAAUUCGAGGGCCUUGUGACAGCCGGUAAUGGCUCGUUUGACCCUGCAGGUGUAUCACAGAACGAGAACGACUUUUGGUUUGGCUCGUGA